GUUCAUAGCGCUCGAGCCACCGCAGCAACAGCGUCCAAACCAAACCGCCGCGGAGCUCCGACUGAGCCGUUUUCCCGCAGACUGACAAACUGCAGCUUCUUCUUCUUUUUUUUCUCGACCGACGAAAACAGCGGCCAUGGAGGAGCAGGCGCGUUACUUCUUCUGGGCGCAACUUCUCGCGGCUUGCCUGGUGUCUGGGGUGAAAGGUGACCUCUGUGAAGUGAACGUUUGUAACCACGGGGGAACUUGCGUGACCGGGACACGGACUCCAUUCAUUUGCAUCUGCCCCGACGGCUUUUCAGGUGAAACCUGCAAUGAGACUGAGACAGGGCCUUGUAGCCCCAACCCCUGUCAGAACGACGGCAUCUGCGAGGCGACUGGCCAGAGCCGCCGCGGUGACGUCUUCACCGAGUACGUCUGCAAAUGUCAGCCCGGCUAUGAAGGAGUCCACUGCCAAACCAGUGUCCCGCCAGAAAAUUUAAACUCUGUGAAAGACGUAAACGACUGUGCCGUCCAGCCGUGUGAGAACGGCGGCACCUGCCGGGACUUGGACGGAGACUUCAAAUGCCACUGCCCCUCUCCAUAUGUGGGCAAACAUUGCCAACUGCGCUGUAUUUCUCUCCUCGGCAUGGAGGGCGGGGGCAUCGCCGAGUCCCAGAUCACGGCCUCGUCGAUCCGCUACACCAUGCUGGGCCUGCAGCGCUGGGGCACAGAGCUGGCCCGCCUCCACAACAAAGGACUGGUCAACGCAUGGAGCGCUGCGCCUCAUGACAAGAACCCCUGGAUACAGAUCAACAUGCAGAGGACGAUGCGUUUCACGGGCAUCGUGACGCAGGGAGCCAGUCGCAUCGGCACAGCAGAAUUCAUCAAGGCCUUCAAAGUGGCUUCCAGUCUGGACGGCAGGACGUACACCAUGUACAGGACAGAAGGACAGAGAAGGGACCAGGUUUUUGCGGGAAACGUGGACAACGACAGCACCAAGACCAACCUGUUCGACCCCCCCAUCAUCGCGCAGUACAUUCGCAUCAUCCCUAUUGUGUGUCGCAAGGCCUGCACCCUGCGCAUGGAGCUGGUGGGCUGUGAACUCAACGUAUAUUCAAACACUCCAGGUUGUUCGGAGCCCAUGGGCAUGAAGUCUCGCCUGGUGCUGGACCGCCAGAUCACGGCUUCCAGCACCUUCCGCACCUGGGGCAUGGACGCCUUCACCUGGCUGCCGCAGUACGCCCGGCUGGACAAGCAGGGCAAGACCAACGCCUGGAUUCCCGCCACCAACAGCCGGUCUGAGUGGCUGCAGGUGGACCUGUUGUCUCCCAAGAGGAUAACAGGAAUCAUCACUCAGGGAGCAAAAGACUUCGGCUCUGUCCAGUUUGUUUCAUCGUUCAAAAUAGCCCACAGUAAUGACAAAAGGUCCUGGACUGUGCUGCAGGACGAAACCACGCGCAAAGACAAGAUCUUUACCGGCAACAGCGACAACAACGUUCACAAGAAAAACAUCUUCGAGCCGCCGUUCUACAGCCGCUACGUCCGCAUCCUGCCCUGGGAGUGGCACGAGCGCAUCACCCUCCGGAUGGAGCUGCUGGGCUGUGACGAGUAGCACGGUCUCUGCUCUACGUCCACAUCUCACCCCCCAACCCGCCCCGGUUCUCUGUUCUUUUCUCCCGAGCCUGCACUGCCUUGCUCUCAGCUCUAGGGGGCAGCAAACAAUAACGUAGCACCCCACCAAAAGCCUGGCUGGUCGCAGGUGGGAGCCGUCACCCCCUAACCACUGUGAGCAGAAUCUCGAUUCAGCUAAACUUGCCUAUUGUUUUUUGUUGUUGUUAUUUUGUUUUUUCUGUUUUGAAUCAAAUUGCAGAGAAAGGUCCGCUCUUAUCCCCCCCCAUGUUUUAUGAAAUAAAAGUGUUAACUUCCUCCGCCUUGUGUCAGAAGUCAGGGCGACUCAGUCGGUGCUGCUUGAACUCUGAUCCUGGAUCAGCAAACCUCAGAGACCCACAGCUGGUGAUGUACAUAACCCAACCUUCAGUCCAGCAUUCACUGUCCCUACAAAUCCAUAUGUAGAUUAUCUCUAGACGACACUUUGAGGUGUACAUAUAUGGUAGUUUAAAAAAAAAAGUAUUUUAGCUCGAAACCUGAAAGUCUUAUGAACAUGUUUGCUGUGAUUCUGUUUAGUAAAUCAAAUAGUGUUUAUAAGAGUUUUAUAUUGGUGAAAAAUCUAAAGUAAGACCAGUUUAUGCUCCUUUUCCUCCUUUGGUUUAAUAUCCAGAGAGUAAACUCUGUAUUUAUUAAUUCCUCAGGUAGCAUGCAAAAAAAAAAAAUAAAUUCUGCUAAACAUAUUUCUGUAAGUAUUUCUAAAAUCUGGCCGCUUGUCUUAUUCAAAUUCCUUUUUUUUCUCCAUUUCAAAAGCUAUUUAGUCAGUUUUUCAUCAAAACAGUAACAAAUUCAGAGACUAAAGCCUGUGGGUGAGGGAAAAAAAGACUGAUGGAUGUAAUUUCAGGUUAAAGCCACUUUCCUCCAUAUGCACCCUAAAUGCUACUUCUCCUCACUCUCUUCAUUGUUUCCUGGUUGUUUCACUUUUUAUGGCACUUUGUUCUUGUUUCUUUUUGUGCUAUUGGGAACUAAGAAAAUAAUUUUGUGUAUGGAGUGUUAAAAGUGUGGACCGUCAGUUGGCCCUCGUUCAGGAAGACGGAGGGAGGCCUUUACGUUUUAUUAUCAUUCGGCUUGCCAGCAAUGGAUGUUGACGCUUGCUGCCUUGAUUUACUGUUUAUUUUGGGUCCAGCAUUAUUCCUUCUGGUUCAACUAUAAAAAGAAACCAAAUUAGAGCCGAUUGUUCCGCUUUCGCCGGACGCGACACGGCCUGCCAAAUCAUCAGCAUCCGCGGCCCCUCCCGCCGCUGCAUCCAGACCCUUUAUCAUCCCAUGAAUUAUGAAUUUUGGGCUCGUGCAAUAUUAUACAGUGUUGGUUUUGAUAACAGUGAAUAUAAAUUUGAGGCGUUUAAAAAUGCAUGAGGGGACAGCCGCGCCACUGAGAUGCUGAUGUCAGACACUGUACAAUAUUUAUUACAGCCACCCUGUUCGCGUCUGCAUGCGUUUCUAUCGACGACGGCGACACGUUUUCAUUUCCUCUGCGUUUAGGUCACCGUUUUUAGUUUUCUAUGAACGAUCAGUAAAAAAGAAAAAGAAAAGGUUUUUAAAAAAUGUUUAAGAAUUCAAAAUGUAUUUCUUGACUUUUGAGAGGGUUUGAUGUUCGUUUUCAAUCCAAUGUUCACAAAAUAAGAUCUUUGUAUAUUCAAAGUUUAAAUAAAGAAUUUAAAAACACAAUA